AAGGAAAGUUCUUACGAACUUUUUUGGCGUUGAGCAACAGCAAAAUAAGAAUUUUUAUCAUGAACGCGUCUUGGUGCAGUGUGGGAUUGUGGGUUGCGUACUGAGGUUUUCUCAAGGAAAUUGCGUAGCUGCUUUACGCAGGAGAGUGUGCAAUAAAGGAUUAAAUUCCAUGCUUCCCUAGCUAGCUCAUUAAAAUCUUCAAACCCUAAAAAUUAACACAAAAGUGUGCGUUUGAAAAAUUAGCUCAAAGCCCUUUGAUUUCAUCAUAUCUUCUUCGUCGAUCAAGAUCUUCAAUCAUCAAAUCAACUCACUAGCUAGUAUUCAAAAACAAACUGAAAAUACUAGCUUUAAUCUAUAUCAGUAUCAUUAAUUUCAAGUUCUUCAAACCCUACAAGCUAGCAGCCCAUAAGUUUUUUUAAUUAAGAACAUGAAGAUCAAAACCCUUUGAUCUCUUUGUCUUCUUACUUGAAUACUUGUCACUUUUUAUAUAACUUGCUUUUCUCAGGUGGGUUGGUCGAUCGCAUUCUAACACAGAGCUAUACCUGCCUAAACGAUGGAACAUUAUUAUCAGAACCUUGAAUUUGUGGGUUAAUUAUUUUCUUCUCUGUUCUUCACUUUCCUCCGUUAACGUUUACUUUACAUGCCGGCGCUGUAACCCUCAUCGCCAGAACGCCGUUAGCUGCUCCGGCCGGAGUUUCUCAGCUAGUCGGAGACGGUUGGUAGUACUUCCAACGAGUGUUCUGGUGAUGCAAGUUGCAAGAAAGCUCCAUUAAUAAACUAAUGGAUUAUGAGGCAUCGGCGAGUUCAACUUCAGCACCAAUAAAGUUAAAGUUGAUAUUUUCAGACGAUGUGGUUGUUUCUCCGGUGUUCACGAGACAAAAGAUCACCGGAAGAAACGGUGGAAAUGAGUCCAUCAAAGUCAUUUUGGUUAAUGCCGAUACAAAAGAAGAAGUCACCACAGGGCCGAUGGCCUUCUCGAAGGUGAAGAUAGUUCUACUUCCUGGAAAUUAUGAUGGCACCACCAUGGAAGAUGGCGAGUUCGAGAAAAACAUCGUGGUCAAUUGGGGGAAAAAGAAAAAUCUUCUUGUCGGUGAUGUUUAUGUUCAUCUUCGACAUGGAACUGGAACAAUCGGUGAAAUCCGAAUCCAACACGAUAAAAAUCCUAUCAGAAAUGUUGAAUUCCGAUUGGGAGCAAUGGUUGUCGAUUCAUCAUGUCCCUAUGAGGUCAAACAGGCUAUAACACAAUCUUUUAAAGUCAAGGAUCGUCGAAAUGCUCCAAAGUCCUUCAGAUCAUUGUCUCCAACAGACAAGGUGUGGCAGCUGAAGAAUAUCAGUAAAAAUGGCGUCAUCAAAAAGCGUCUGGAGAGAGCAAACGUCUAUAACGUGAACGAUUUUCUCAAUAUGUAUUAUUCCAAUCCUCAAGCCCUCCAAGAGAUAUGUCGUGUCAAAGGCAAAAACUGGGAGACAACUGUAAAUCAUGCCAAAACAUGCAACGUAGUGGGUAAUGCUAAUUAUAAGGCCUCCGGACGACUUGAAUCCACCUCUCAAGAAUCGAACAUUCCAUCAUCCUUUGAUGAUGAUUGUUAUUUUCCGCAGCCUUAUGAAAACGAUUCUAUGAUUGUGGAUCAUAAUUUUUCGAUCCAUGAUGUUGAAGAAUGUGAUAUGGAUGUAUGGUUUCAUGAAGAUGAUGAAGGGUCACUACUAUGUCAAGACUCUCGAGAAGAUGGAAUUCGUUGUGCAUUGAGUAUGGUUGAAUUUGAGGGUGUUACGGCAAAAAAAAGAUGGAUGAAAAUGCGUAUAUUGUUGUUCUCGAUUGCAUCUUUCAUGUGUGGGUGCGACCUGGUUGGCUAAGAUGGUUUGAUCCGGCUCGAAUACAUGUAUAGUCUUGGAUGAAUGACUGCUAAAAAAAAAUAAAAAGGGUUUUAUGGGUGCGAUAUAUAAUAGAAAAUAAAAUUUUGAAGUAUGAAUUCUUUUAGUCUAUCUCAGUCUCAUUGUCGCGUACUCUUAUACCGGACAUAAUUAAAUAAUUGAUAGAGCCGUUUGUGGUCCACGAAUAAAGAUGAUCCCGAUGGUUUUGGGGGAAUAACGGUAUGAGCAUAACAUAUGGAUCUCAAUGACGAUUUUAUCG